ACUCCCCAAAUCUGCUUCUUCGCCUUCUCUCGGCUCGAUACCCUAGGGCACGCACGGUGCGGAUGGCCGUGGCGGAGGUGGAGGCGGAGGGGUGCGGCGGCGAGCCGGUGACGCCCGCGGCGGUUGCUGGCCUGAGCCAGGCGUCGGACGACCGGCGGCUGCUGCGGUUGCGGUACCUCGCCGUGAAGGGUCGCAUCAGUGAUGAUAAGGAUGAUAUGGCGAGCGCGGACUCGGUCAAGUUUCGGGCCAUCUUCACGCAGGUGGAGGACCUGCACAAGCUUGUUCAGAGGCCUAGGGAGCAGAUUGCCGAUGCAGAAGCCUUGCUGGACAUCGCCACCAGUUUGGUAGCAUCAGUAAGGACACAGUCAGCGCUGGGGAUCACGCCUUCUGAUUUUGUUUCUGGAAUGCUGAAGAGGUUUGGAAAGAAAGGGAGAGACGAUGGUGAGGCUUCCUCGUUGAGCUGGGUUGAUGUAGGCCUUUACACUUCUCGGGUUUUCCUGCCCGUGCCUGGAUGCUGCACCAUGAAUGGUCCCAUGAAUACAGAAGUGCAUCCACGGAGGGUUCGUGUGUGUAGAAAGAGGACGGCUAAGCCUCGUGGAAGUGAAUGCCCUGAACAGCUUGCUGAUUCGUCAAGUGCUGCAAAGACAGAUACUGACAGGAACAUGUCUGUCAUAUUUGAUGUUCUGCGGAAGAAGAAAAAUGCAAGGUUCGAAAACCUUGUUUUAAACAAAAAAUCCUUUGCCCAAACGGUGGAGAAUAUCUUUGCCUUGUCAUUCCUAGUGAAAGAUGGCCGGGUGGAGAUAAGUGUGAACAAUGAGGGCCACCAUCUUGUCUAUCCAAGAAAUGCCCCUGCUGCUAGUGCCAUAACCUCAGGAAAAGUUGUAUACAAUCAUUUUGUAUUCAGAUUUGACUUCCAGGAUUGGAAGCUCAUGAAAGAGAUGGCCCUGGACGGUGAAGAGCUGAUGCAGCACAGGUCUUACCAGGUCGGCACACCAGACACCACCACCGGAGCAGAUAGCAGUCACCACGAGCCAGAGUCACCUGCAGUCCCUGUACACAGCACAUCGAUCAGGAAACUCUGCAGGAACCGAGGCCUGGUCAUGCAUGACAUGCAGGAGCAGCAGGACGAUGAGGCGGCCACCGCGGGCAAGGCAACGGAGGCCAUGGCCACAGAGAAGAUGGCCAUGGAUGCGCAGGAGACUAUGCUGAAGACCAAGCGUAGGCGUCUCUUCCAAGACGACGACGACUAGAGGGCAGUGGGUGGGUCAUGUGUAGAGUAGUAAAGCCUUUUGUGUCUUUAUAUGUAGGUAAUAGAGAAGUCAGUUAGCUUAGGUAGCUUAGCGUUGAGAUGUCUUAUUAGGAAAUGGAAAAGCUUAGUGGCAUCCGCACCGCCCGUGUCAGUUUUUGGAUCGUUGGGCGUGUCGCCGAAUGUUUUAAGGUCUUUUGGUUAUUUAGGGCAGUAUGUAUGAACUGGACGCUCUGCAGAUCAGUCGAGUUAUAGAAAGAUGGGAGAUUAUUUCUGAUACAGUGUUCAUGGUCAGAUAUGUUGGUGCCGGUGCCACUUCUUGGCUCCGUAGAUUGUAGGUGUGUGUAAUUGGAGUUGCAGAAUGCACCAUGUGUGCUUUUUCUCCAUGAACAGUGUGAUUCAUAUAUGCAUUUCGUUCUC